AUCUCAUCCACUCACUCUGCACACCCUCGCAACCCUUGUGGCCACUCACUCCCUACUCCUUGACCUCCCUGUUGUUAAUGUCCCAGCUCCCAGAUCUUUGGGACCAACACCUCUCCCACGACUCACACUCGAAAGGAAGGCUCGAGGCCAGGACGGACGCCCAUCAAAGGAAAGAAGUCGCGCUCGAGUCAGCAGAGCACGCUCUCGCCACCACGAACUGAGGGGCGCCGAUACAUAUACCCUACCCUCGCAUCGACCCCCCCACCAAAAUGUACCCCCAGCCAUAUCGCGAGCUGAGUAACCACGACUUUGACAUGGGCGACUCUUUGCUCUCCCCCGAGCAAGGCGAGGGCGGGGCUCGAGACAUGAAGCACAGCAACUCGUUCAAGUCGACAUUCUCACGCUUCUCCCGCAACUCCAAGGCGUCGGCGAUGUCCAGUGCGAGCCGAACGAGGAUGCUGACUCGUGCCGAGCGAGCCUACUUGAUAAUUGCCGCACUGGAGGCUCUUAUCGUCUCGGCCAUCGCCUUCGCCGUGUUUGCCCUUGUCGAGGCCCGGGUCACAGUGCAGAAUGCAAAGGUCCGGACUGUACCAGUCUACCUGGUCAUCUUCAUUCUCGCAAGGCUGUUCUCAUGCGUCUACUCGUUCGACGCCCUCAGCAGCCGCAACGUCAUCCAGCUCUGCCUGCACAUCUUCUUCCAGGUGUGCAUGCUCACGUAUGCCAUUCUCGAGAUCCCCCAGACACGCAACGCCUUCAAGGGUCUGGACCUCCAGGACGGCUGUGUCAUGCGCAACGGGGUCAUGGACUGUGUCGGCCCAGGGUCACUGUACAGCCUGCUCGAGAAGCUCAUGAUCGUGCCGCCUAUUGUCAUUGGCCUGGCCACCAUCGCGUACGCUUUCCUCGCUCGCCACCUGUACUUUCAGUUCGGGUGGGCCCAGUUCAAGCUCGUGAACGCGUCGCUCGUCCUCAGGAAGCUACACCGUGACUACCAGCUGCAGGUUUCUCUGCUCAAACUGGUAGCGUACUUUUCCACCGCGUUCUGCAUUUCGUACCUCAUUCUCAUCACCUCUGCCGAGCCCACGAGCGUCGAGUUCAUCAUCACCAUCAUCGCACUUCCACUCUCCCUCACGGCCCUGGGAGUGUGUGGUUGGGCCUUGAAGCACGAGAAGCUGUACCCCAUGGCUGCUUGCCUCAUCCUGAUGCUCGGUGGAGAGGCGUACUUUGUGUACAAACUUAUCAGCUUGUGGAUGCCCAAGACCGCUGGCCUGUACAAGAACACCAAGAUCACCAUGGCCGUGUUCUCGGUCUUCAGCGUGCUCAUCUUCGCGUGCACCUUUGUCAAUGGCUGCAUCUGCAUCAACAACUUUGGAAAAGGCCUCAAGGAUGCUCAUGAAGACCCGGAGAAGAACGAGGGCCUACUGGGGCUUGGACUACCUGCGAUUGGACUCCCUGCGACCAAUAAGACGGUCGGCUCGCCGAUCGACAGCCCGUACGAGGUGGUGUCCCCUACAAAGCUUGUGAUUGAAUGAGAGGCGAAACGAGGCCAGGCGAGGUGGCAUGUAGCGAAGGCCCAAAAUAUUACGACACAGAUACACGGACGUUGUCAGCC